ACGCCACUUCCGCCCCACGACGUCGCUUCCGGUCUGCUUGCGCUGGGGCCGUCGCGCGCCCGACCGACGCCGGAGCCCCCGGGGCCGGCCCGCAGCGGGCACCCAGCAUGAGCGAAGGACCGAUGAGCAAGGCAGCCACCAUGGAGAUCCCCAUCCACGGCAACGGAGACUCCAGGCGCUUGGCCGAUGACGACGGCUUGGAGCAGGACCUGCAGCAAGUGAUGGUGUCGGGGCCCAACUUGAACGAGACCAGCAUUGUCUCUGGAGGCUACGGGGGAACAGCCGAGGGCAUCGUCCCCACCAGCAUCAUCAAAGGCUCCCUCGUUCCAUCUCACCCUCCCCGAGGACCACUCAUCCCCCCCAGCCCUUCGGCUGCCAGCCGCAUAGCCAGCCAGGCUCCCGUGGCCACAGGCUCCAACUUGCACCAGCCCCACCCCAGCCCAGCCAUGACGGGGGAGGAGGCGGCGGCGGCGGCAGCUGCUGCCACACGAGGGGUAGCCGUGGAGAAGUUCGACAUUGUCAGGAAAUGGGGCAUCAACACCUACAAAGUGAGUCCCCUUGGGAACGGGGGGAGGCACUGAAUGGAGCCCCGGGCAUUGCGGGGCUACCGCUGGCUUUUCGAGGGCCCCGUGGACGAUCUCGAAGACGAGUCGGCUUGUGACGUCUGGUGGGGAGUGUUUACUCUCUUGUCAUUGCACCUCAUAACCCGAAACUAA